UCUCCUUUCAUUUUCGCCAAUUAAACGGACUUGUCGGACCAUAGACUCUUACUUCUGCUUCAGAUCGUUGAACUCGAGAAGAAAUCCAAAGAUCCUUCAUUCUAUAAUUUGUUUGAAAAGAUCUUUCGUAGUUGAGAAACAGGGGAGUAAAGAUGGUAAAGAUGACGAUGAUUGCUCGGGUUACUGAUGGUCUUCCUCUGGCUGAGGGAUUAGAUGAUGGUCGUGAUCUAGCAGAUGCUGAAACGUACAAACAACAAGUUAAGGCUUUAUUUAAGAAUCUAUCCAAAGGCCAUAAUGAGGCUUCAAGGAUGUCUAUUGAAACCGGCCCAUACAUAUUCCACUAUAUCAUUGAAGGGCGUGUUUGUUACUUGACGAUGUGCGACCGUGCUUAUCCUAAGAAACUUGCAUUUCAAUAUCUGGAAGACCUCAAGAAUGAAUUUGAGCGUGUUAAUGGAGCUCAAAUUGAAACAGCUGCCAGGCCUUAUGCCUUUAUUAAAUUUGAUACAUUCAUACAGAAGACAAAAAAAUCUUUCCUGGACACUCGUACUCAACGAAAUAUUGCGAAGUUGAAUGAUGAACUCUAUGAAGUUCACCAAAUAAUGACUCGUAACGUACAAGAAGUUCUUGGUGUUGGUGAAAAGUUGGACCAGGUCAGCCAAAUGUCCAGUCGUUUGACAUCAGAAUCUCGUAUAUAUGCUGACAAGGCAAGAGAUUUAAAUAGGCAUGUUAGUUUUCUUUAUAUGGAGGCUUUGAUACGUAAGUGGGCUCCUGUUGCCAUUGUGUUGUGAGUUGUCUUCCUCCUCUUCUGGGUGAAAAAAAAGUUAUGGUGAUUCAAUCGCGCCCUUUAUAUUAAGAACUCAUCAGAAUUCCUGGGGUUUUUCCGUUGCUUUGAGUAGCUUCUCGCCACCCUCAGACCCGAACAGUAGUGAAUUCUGGUUUUUGUUCAUCACACAAUUCAACGUGAAGUUGUAGGUACAAAUUUGUAAUGUGGAAUUGUGAUAGAGAGACCUUAGAUUUAGAGCAAAUGUUCAAAACAAAACUA